AUGAAGCUCUUGCGAGUUUCCGGUGGAGGAUUCUCAAGUGGCGGUGGAAUCUCUGGUGGAGGAUUCUCUAGUGGCGGUGGAAUCUCUGGUGGAGGAUUCUCCAGUGGCGGUGGAAUCUCUGGUGGAGGAUUCUCAAGUGGCGGUGGAAUCUCUGGCGGAGGAUUCUCUGGUGGAAGCAGCGGUGGAUUUGGUGGUGGAUCUGGAGGUUCCGCUGGUGGGUGUCGUGAUGGAGAGAUCCUGCAUGUGGAUGGAUCCUGCGUUGUUCCUGUAAUCACCAGAAAUGUAUUUGUGUAUGAUGCUCCUGAACAAUCUCAGCAGCCAAGCGGUCCACCACCAAGUGUCCCACCACCAAGAGUUGACCAUAACGUUCUGUUCGUGCGUCUUCCUGAAGGAGGAGCAGGUCCUGAACCCAUCAUUGUUCCUCCACCAAGGCAAGAGAACAUCGUGUAUGUCCUGAACAAGAACGACGGAGCAGGAGGCCAGCGAGUAAUCGAGGUUACUGCUCCUCCAGCUACCAAUCCCGAGGUGUACUUUGUCAACUACGAAGAGGGAGAGAACCCAACUCUUCCUAUUGGUGUGGAUCUUGAGACUGCUCUCAACGCUGCCGCUAGUGCUGGCGGUCAAGUGAUCGGAGGCGGCGGAGGAGCAGGUGGCUUUGGAGGCGAUGGAGGAUUUGGCGGUAGUGGAGCAGGUGGUUUUUGGAGGCGCCGGAUGGAGGAUUUGGCAUAUAGGUAG